CAUCCUGUUUAGACGUACGAUAACGUUAAUUAAUUGUCUUAACGUUAUAUAUAGUGAGAGGCAAAAUAAAUGGUGUCUGCAUAAAGUUGCUGUGAGAAUUAUCCCAAAGUCAAGGUCUUUUGAAGAAAAUUGUCUACCAGAAUCUACCUGAUUGUCGGUAUGCGUUUGUGAAUUCGUGAGAGCAGUCUGACCAUAGGGUUUCACACGACCGACCGCUGGCCAUAAAAGGGACUGAUGCAUUCAUUGAUCCUAAGGGACGAAGGUUACUCAACUCUUCCCUUUAUUCAGAAAGGACUAACCAUAAGCCGCCGUCUAUUACAGAAAUGGAUUCUGUGUAUCUUGGCACAAUCACCAAAGCAAAGAAGAGACAACAGAAGAAAGUAAUGUUCAUACUGUUCCCCUUGGUUCAGGAGCCACUUUUCAUUGGAGGGUUGAUUUUAUGAGCGAAAUGGUAAUCGCUGAAGUCCAUUACAAAGGCUCUGACAAUACCUGGUUUGCCAUUGGUUUCUCAAGUUAUGGAGAAUUAAAACCGGCCGAUUAUUGUGUCCUGUGGGUCGAUUGGCAUCGUCAAAUUCAGUUACAGGAUGCGUGGGCAGAUGAAGAAGGAAAAUUGUACUUAGACUCCCAACAGGAUUGCGAGGACUUUGCAUGGAGAAGAAGAGGAAAUAUAACAAAGUUCACCUUUUCUAGAAAAUUUGAUACUUGUGAUGAAAAUGACUACAUCAUGGAGAGAGGUACCACACAUCUGGUGUGGCUGAAAGGUAUGGGGCCAUUAUCUUCUUUAGCUGGAUUGCAAGUAUCAGAUGCAGAAGCUUCUGGUAUGUCCAGAACCGAAUUGAUCCGAGUACACAAUAAGAAGCCAACAUUUCCAUCAAAUGCAUGGCAUUUUGAAAUACUAGCUGAUCAUGUAAAAGUACCAAAUAAAGAGACAACUUAUUGGUGCCGUGUUCAGAAAUUGCCAGCUGUUUUGGCUCAAAAGCAUCAUAUUCUUCAGUUUGGACCAGUUAUUCAAUCAGGCAAUGAACAUCUAGUUCAUCAUAUGGAAGUGUUCCACUGUGCUGGACCUGUAAAUCUUGAAAUCCCUUUGUACAAUGGUCCCUGUGAUGGCAGUGACAGACCAGAGAAAACUCAAAUAUGUAAGAAAGUUCUAGCAGCAUGGGCAAUGGGAGCAGACGCUUUCGUUUACCCAGAGGAAGCUGGUCUCUCAAUUGGUGGUCAUGAUUUUAAUUUCUACGUUAUGCUGGAGGUCCAUUACAACAAUCCAGAGCUUCAGGAUGGGCAUACAGAUUCAUCAGGCAUCCGUUUUAUCCUUACAAACAGUCUAAGAAAAUACGACGCUGGUGUGAUUGAACUGGGAUUAGAGUAUACAGAUAAAAUGGCAAUUCCACCGCAACAAGAAGCUUUUACUUUAUCAGGGCAUUGUAUACAGGAGUGUACAGGUGUUGGUCUUCCUCAACAGGGUAUCCAUAUCUUUGGUUCUCAGCUCCACACACACUUAACAGGAGUAAAAGUUAUAACUCGUCACAUCAGGGAUGGAGAAGAGUUGCCUCCUUUGAAUUACGAUAAUCAUUAUUCCACACAUUUUCAGGAAAUUCGACUAUUACCUAAACCUGUCACUAUCCUUCCUGGUGAUUCGUUGAUAACAACUUGUACAUACAAUACAAUGGAUAGAAAGAAUAUUACCCUUGGUGGAUUUGCCAUAUCUGAUGAAAUGUGUGUAAAUUAUAUACAUUACUAUCCGAAUGCCCGGUUGGAGGUUUGCAAAAGUGCAAUAAGCGAUGAUGCUUUGAGAACAUAUUUCCGGUACAUGAAGGAGUGGGAAAGUCAGCCGACCAGUGUUGAUGAAGGAAUUUCCUCAAAUUAUAAAAGCAUCGAAUGGACCAAAGUUCGUGUCCAAGCACUUCAUGAUCUCUAUGAGGCUGCUCCAUUAGGAAUGCAAUGCAAUGGCUCGGAUGGAUCACGACUUCCUGGACUAUGGGACAACAUAGCAGCAACACCCAUUAAACUACCCAUGGCUCCACCAGCUCGAAAUUGUCCAAAUUCUUUCUCGAAGCAAGAAAUAAAUUCCAUGUGAAUUCUUAAGUCAAGUAUAUUCUUUCAAGAUUGUACCAUUUAUAUUUUCAUCAUGCUUAAAAGAAUAUAGUUCUGUAAAAUAAAACAACAAUUCUAAUUACAAUACAAUGUGCUUGAAGGUAAAAUACUUUGCAUUAAAGUAGAAGAAAAAGAGAGAAAAAAAAAAAGAAAACUGAAAGACUUAAAAUAUACCUCGGGACGACGAUAAAUACUUUCGAUGUAAAAGUUUAUAAACCUCCAGUAUAUUUAUGCACUUUAAGGGUUUCUUUUUUUUUUUUGGCAGUACAUCGUCUUGCUGCGUGUAAGCUAUGUUUAGUCGAACAUCUGUUAACAAAUACUUGCUCUAUGAAAAUCGUUAACUGUGUAAUACGGAAUAAUAAAAAUAAUAAUAGUUA